AAAUAUGAUGCAGCAUGUAUAACAUUUAUUUCAUUCGCUAUUCACUAAAAUGGAACCACCGCAAAUCCAUAACCCGGGCGGCGAAACGCCCCGAAACCCGCCGGAAACGGGUAAUCGGAGCUCCAUUCCGACUCCAUCACACGUGGUACAGACGGUGAAGCAAAACCUAGUCUUCAGGUCAAAAUGGGCGGAGCUGAACGGCGCCAUGGGAGACUUGGGCACAUACAUACCCAUAGUUCUCGCCCUAACUCUAGCCAAAAACCUCGAUCUCGGCACAACUUUGAUCUUCAACGGCGUCUAUAAUUUCAUCACCGGCGCAAUCUACGGCGUCCCCAUGCCCGUCCAGCCGAUGAAAUCAAUCGCCGCCGUCGCCAUUUCGAACCCCACCUUCGGAAUCCCCGAGGUCAUGGCCGCCGGAAUUUGCACCGGCGCAAUCCUCUUCUUAUUGGGCGCCACCGGUUUGAUGAAGCUCGUGUACAAAUUCAUUCCGAUCUCCGUCGUCCGCGGAAUCCAGCUGGCGCAGGGUUUGUCGUUCGCCAUGACUGCCGUUAAGUACAUCAGAAAUGUGCAGAAUUUUUCGAAGUCGAAAACUGCCGGCGAACGCCCUUGGAUUGGGCUUGAUGGACUGCUUUUAGCCCUAAUUUGUGCGUGUUUCAUCGUAAUCGUAAACGGCUCCGGCGAAGAAACCGACGAAGAUCAGAUAAUCAAUGAUCGGAGGGCUGAUACAAAUAGUACGAGUAGGUGGAGAAAGUUGAGGAAAAUCAUUUCUUCUCUUCCGUCAGCAUUUAUAAUAUUCUUGCUUGGAGUUGUUUUAGCUUUCGUACGAGGGCCUAAUGUUGUAAAAGGGUUCAAAUUCGGGCCAUCGUCUAUGAAAAUCAUCAAGAUUUCUAACCAAGCAUGGAAAGACGGGUUCGUAAAGGGAACAAUCCCUCAACUCCCGUUAUCAAUACUAAACUCGGUAAUCGCGGUCUGCAAAUUAUCGACCGAUCUUUUUCCGGAUAAGGAAGUUUCUGCCACGUCGGUUUCGAUCACCGUUGGACUAAUGAAUCUAAUCGGGUGCUGGUUUGGUGCGAUGCCCACUUGCCACGGGGCGGGCGGGUUGGCCGGACAGUACAAAUUUGGGGGGAGGACAGGUGGCAGCGUGGCGUUGCUCGGUGUGGCGAAGUUGGUUUUGGGGUUGGUUUUGGGGAGUUCGUUGGUGAAGAUUUUGGAUGAGUUUCCGGUUGGUGUUUUGGGGGUUUUGUUGCUGUUUGCUGGGAUUGAAUUGGCUAUGUGCUCGAGGGAUGUGAAUUCGAAGGAGGAGGCUUUUGUGAUGCUUAUUUGUACGGCGGUUUCGUUGGUUGGAUCGAGCGCUGCUCUUGGAUUUCUGUGUGGGAUGGUUGUGCAUUUGCUUUUGAGGUUGAGGAAAAUGGGGGAAGGACAACGAUCUUGUUCCACAUUUUGGUUUCAUCGGAAUUAAUUCAUAAGGAGUUUUUUUUUUUUAAAUCUUUAAAUAAAUUUCCAUGCUUCUUCGAUUUGUUUGUUAUUGUGUUGUUUGUCGAUAUUCUCGAGUGUUUGUUGUUAUGUCAUUUUACAUUGGUGUUCAUGAAUUGUUUGUAAGAAGAAAAAAAAAACAAGAAAAUGUGUCCUGUUCUUUCUUGUUUUUUUUUUUUUCUCGAAAAGUCGAUGAACUUGGAGAAACUCUUUCAUUUGUUAUGGUAAAGAAAAUCAGAACAAACAUUUGAUGUUACAUAAAGCACA